CGGGCGGUACAUGACCACAACAAUAAUGGAAAUUUCACAAGCGAAAUUCUGGUGUUCUCUAAUGUUGUUCGUCGCAAUGGAUGUAGUCGUUGCUGAAAUUAUUUUGCGCAUAGAUCCUUUGGCUCUGCUGUCAGCUACACUGCGCACAUAUCAAAAGGCGGCCUGUGACACAGAUCAAGUAGUAAUUGCAUGUCCACGUGGCACCAGCAUAUCGAUUGAGUUCGCACAGUAUAAUAAAUUUAUAGCCAAAGAUGGUAUUAGCAUAGAAGAACUCUGUCCCGCAAAUAGCGAGGGCACUACAGAGAGCCGAGCCAAAGCGAAGCACCUUUUAAGAGGAUCCACAUUUGGCUCACCCACACAGAAGGUUCCCGCAAAUCGUUACGUAAAUGGUGCCCAUUUAUCUGAAUUGACCAGUACUAGUGGCUCUGCUGCCUCAAUUGGAUUUUCCACAGCUGCAGACGAGGAUGCGGCGUCGGGUACGACAACCAGUGCUGACAAUGAUGGCAAUAUUCCAGAGAACUGUAUGUGGCCGAAUGCAUUACAGUAUUCGUUGUUGCAAACAGUUGUUGAAGCAUGCCAGAAGAAAAAGCAUUGCAAAUUCAAUGCUCGCCCCCAAUUCUAUGGACUGGGGGCCAGUGGCGUCGGCGACAGUAGCGGCUCCUCCACCACCUAUCACAGCACAACUGUCAGCACAAACAUCAUCAGCAUGGAUCCGUGCCCGAAGAGAAGGAAGAUUGUGGAGAUUGCAUACAAGUGCCGUCCAUAUGAAUUUCGUAGUAAGGUGGCAUGUCAUAAUGAUGUAGCUCAGCUGGAGUGUAAUCCCUAUUCCCGAAUUGCUGUUUAUAGUGCAAGUUUUGGAAGAACCGAAUAUGAAAGCAUUCAGUGUCCUCAGCCACAGGGUGUCCGAGAAGAAACUUGUUUGGCAUCGUAUGCCACCGAAACCGUUAUGCAAAUUUGCCAUGGACGUCGUCGAUGCAAUCUGGCCGCAGAUGCCAAUACGUUUGGUUCACCGUGUCAACCCAACUCAAGGAUGUAUCUGAAAGUUGUUUACACUUGCGUGCCGAAACAAGUGCUCAUGGAUCGUUAUGAAACUGAAGUUGAAGCCGAUGAACCGGAGGAUUUCGAGGGGGAUGUCAAUGAUUUGUACGAUGAUGAAUUGUUCUACAAGGAGUCGGAGGCGAUUCCAAAGCUGUACAGCAAUACUACAGUACCGGCGGCACGCAACAAUGCCAGCAUCGCUCUCAAUGGGACCUUUAAUGCAGCGACAAGUGUUAAUAGAGCCAAUAAUGCCACUAUGGGUAUGUUUGAGGGCGACAUGGGUGGCGUUAAUCCGGUAAUGACACACAGUGCCGACAUGACACUGGAAGACGACCAGGAGCGGCUGUUUGUUUAUCUGUUGACCGCAGGUUCGUUGGGUGUCAUACUCUGCAUAGUUGCUAUUGCGGUUCGACUUGUAGUCCUCAAACGCCAUGAUAGUGCAACUGACACCCAUUCAACCUCGUCCGGCAAAGGAGGCGCUGCUACUGGGGGCAGCGGCAGUGGUGCCUGUUCGGGCGGCAUAACGGGUGUCGAAGGAGUCGCCGAGACAACAAUACCCAACGGUUUCAACGACACAAUUUCCGAAGUAGAUGCUGACAUCGAUUUGCAAACGCCAAUUCCGGUGCCAAGUGUGUCAAAGAACGAGAAUUACAUAAGCUAUACCCCUGCCACAAAUCUCUACGGAACAUUAGGUCCGGGCAACACACUGUUGUCGCACAGCAGCACGUCGGGGUCUAUAGCGCCUGGCUUGAUGAGCAAUACAACAAUAAUGUGUGGACCCAGACAGUCCCCCGAUAUUCUUGGCAUAUCAUCGCAAUCGUAUGCGCCGACCAGUUGCACCAGCACAGGAUCAAGUACCAUUGGUGGUAUACUAACGCCCGCUAUUGUUAUUGGAGCCAGUGGGGGUUCUGUUGUGAGUUCCGGAAGUAAUGUCAUAGGUACCGUGGUUCCCAUCACAUCGUUGGCACAGUACACCACAGCUCCAACAUUCCGUUCCGGCUACAUACUGAACAGCGAUGGUGUUCUGCAGAGGCCAGGCAACAUUGCCACCCCACCAACGACGUCAUUAGCAAGUGCAGAAACAGCUUACCUAGGGCACCAGUAUCAACAGCAACAACAGGGCCCAUUGUCAAUGCAAACGACUGGCGGCAAUGUUCUAACGCCUGCGACAGCCACACUAAGGCGCAUGAAGCAAUCAGCGCCCACAGCCAGUGUCACAGCCUCACCGCCACAUGUCCUGCAACAAUCCAUUGUACCUGGAUCGAUAUCGACGUACGAUGGUAUAGCCCCUCGUACACUCUCUACCGGUAUGGCAGUGAAUUCGCAAUUCUUUUACGAAUGACAGGCCGUCUUGGAACAUCCCAGUGAACACAGCAGCACCGCCGAUGAAAUAAAGACCUCCUCCCCCGCAUUUGUGGAAGGCAGCAGUAUCAGAAGCAAAGCCAAAACAUCGGAACCAUUGUAAGUGAUGGCGCGAUGCGAAGCUAUAAAAUAUCGAUUGAAUUGAUAAUAAAGUGGUGCUCCUGCUGCUGACUGAGACAAACACUAUAUUCUGUCAAUUCUCAUGGAAUGGGACUGUUGUUUUACUUAAUGGAACAAUGGAGUGGGCAAAUAAAUUCACAAAUACAUACUCACAUACGCGAAGGCAAUACUAUGAGACUACAAGAAGCAAGAAAGCCAAUUGUGACCCCGUACCAAUAAGUCCCACUUUCGCCGUCUUCCAUUCGCAGCGUCUGUGUAUUUAGCCGUGCCGAACAACGACAACAGAAGCGCACCCACAAUGCCAAUCGGGAAAUGUUCUCGACGACUAAUGUUGGCUGCCACUGUCAUGUUAACAACUUUAGUGUGAACAUAUUUCCUUCUCAUAUGGACGAGCUUCCGGUAAUGUAAAUAGAUAUCAAAUCAACUAUGUAUAAGUAAAUAAUACCAAUAGAGAAAAAAAAACAAGCACAUACAAACACGCAUCACACACACCCGACACAUAGUGACUACAUUCUUACACAUAUAGUGUGUCAUAUCUGUACGGGAAUACACACAUACAAAUGUAUCAAGAGUAUUUUUCUGACCAUCGGACGGAUUGCUUCUCUUUCACUUUUCCAAAUCAUGUUUAUGGUAUUGCUUUUUAAUUCCGACAGUUUGUUUAAUUUUAAGUAACGCAUAUACUAAAAUAAACACCUAGAGAAAAUGUUUUACUACAAUUGAAUUAAAAUUUACCAAAUGCCAAGUACAGUAAACGAGUAAAUGAAAUUCACACACAUAAAAUUUUCAUUUAAAUUCGUUUAUUGCAUAAGAUCUUUAAUAAAACACAAGUUUGCCAAAAAAAAAAGUGAUUAUCCCACGAAAACUUGAAAAGUUAACAUUAUUGCAAACCUGGAACAACAUGUCAACUGUGUGAUUAAGAAAAAUGAUAUAUAAACAUGUAAAAAGGCAUGAAGUACGGUAGGGCCGAACUUUGUAUACCCACGACCUUGGGUACACAUGUAAACGACCUUUGGUCAUAAUUCUGUGAAAAAUGCAUUAUUUAUGCGCCCAUAGAAACUAUAUCCCAAUAUGGUCCGAUUUGGACCAAAUCCGGCACAGACAUUGAGUGGUCUCUGUUAAAUUUUGGUUCAAUAUUGGUCUUUUUGGCAGCUACAGGGC